CUCUACUUAGCACGCCUUUUCCUCGCCUGGAAGGCAACAAACUCGAUCGUACUCGUACCGAUUUCCCAGCAAAUUAGGCUCGUUCUCCUCCAACAAAUCAGAUGAGCGAGCCGAUAGAAAUACGGCGCGAUCCCCAACAAAUCGAACCUGCGGGACAUGAAAACCCGACCGGAUCACCAGGAACCACCACCCGAUGGCGAUCCUUGGCCGGCCGCUUCUGCUCGAGCAGUACCGGCGGUGCGAUGAUCCCGACGCCCGCGUCUCCAGCGGCCACCUCGCCCGGGUCUCCGCCGGCGCUGUCGUCGACUACCCGCACGGGAUCAAGGUCGAAACGCUCGUCUUGGCGGCCCACGGCGACUCCGUCCUCCUCCAGACAUGGGCUGCACGGUCGAUUUCUUCGUGUACAGCGCCCGCUCGGCCGCCGUCGCUGUCGUUGUUGCCCCCUUGCUACCACGCCGAGCGAGAGGACCAGUGGGGGCGGAAGAAGAAGGAGCAGCGCUACAUGGAUUCGAGAUCCACGACGCUCCUGCGCCGCGAACAAGACAAGAUGGCGGCGGCGCUCGAUCGCUGUUUCAGGGACGACGACGACGGGGAGGAAGGGGAAAGGGCGGCGAUGGAGGCCCAGCUCUGCCUCCUCCCACGACGAACGCAUUUCAACGCCUUCUCCCACGACGAACGUACGGCGGCGAGCCAAAGGCAAUGGCGACGUGAAGACGAUACUCUUGGAGCACCAAAGAAACCAAGCUCAUCAGGCUUGACGCCCAUGGCCUCCCCUGAAGAGGCGUUGGCGUCGACGCUACAUGAGAUGCCUGACUUGGCGCGUGACGACAUGCUGCAGAGAGCAUACAACAUUCUUGGGCCUGGCGAGGAAUGCUGGUCGCGGAGCCAAAGAAGGGCGGCGGCGGGGGACGGACGAUUGUGCCGUCGCUGAGCACCUGCGGCAUGCCGGCGCUGCGUUGUCCGGAUGAGAGGAGGGAGCUGGAGGCAUUGAUGCCAUGGUUUUCUCGAUCUCGAAUUCUCGACCUCGUCGUGCUAAA